GCAAACUCAGAAAUUAUUAUGCCAUGAGAGUCAAGAUAUGACAUGGCAUUUCGAUAUAAAUUGAUUGGUUAAAGAAACAAAUGUGGCAAAUUAUAUUAUACACCUGGGUGUACAUGUACACCCGGGUGUACAUGUAUACCCGGUUUUUAAAUGACGUGGCCUCUUCUCUUGAAACAAACAGAAGAAAUCAGAGAUCUCAGCGACCAAGCUCACCAUCGGUCUGCUGCUCACCGUCGGAGUUCAACCCCAAGCUCAGCGACCAACGACAUAGAACUCGCCAGAAAUCAACAACAAAAAAAAACCCGGCAAACAGGGGGAGCAGCGACAUGCUUUUACCACUAACUCUCGGUGUUGUCCGCAAUCAAUCAAACCUUUCCUUCUUGGACGGAGCACCAGGCAAGAGCAACGAAUUCCGGAUUAAAAAAAUCAGCAGCAACUUUGCCUCCGUAAAACCUCUAUCCGCUGCGUCAACAAAAUUCCGGCCAGCAACAUCUUGAGCUCUGCUUCCAAUGAAUUUCCCCUGCAAUGCACCAAAAGAAAAAAAAAGAACAGUAAAGAAGAAAAGUUACCAGCUAUUAACUCUGCUUCCAGAAAUCUCUGUAGCUAUGGGUCUUGAAAUCAAUGGUGCAAGGAUGAUUAUGCAGACCGCAGGGGUUAUAUUUAUAUAAGAGUCCUCUAGAGCAUUGGAGUUUUAUUAGGAUUUUAAUUCUAAUAUGAAGGGCCUCGUAAAUUAAUCCAACCCUUGUCAUCAUCGCUCUCACGUGCCAAAUGAGCACAAUGUUUAAACGAAAUGAGUAUAGACAAAUAAGGAUUUGAGCACAUUAGCAAUUUCAAAUGACAUUAAAAGUGUUUUAAUGCUCAUAAUAAGUUUGAUGCACAUUAAAAGUUCAUUAAUGCCCAUUUAACAGAAACUGUGAUUUUUAUCUCAAUAGAGAAUGUUUGAUGCUCAAUGAAAAUGUCGUUAUGUCAAACUAACAAACUUUACGAUUUUCAUAUCAAUUAACAUUUUGUAAGUUACGUAUGCUCAUUUCGUAUUGAUGUUAUGCUCAUUUUAAAAUGUCAUAUCAAUGCAUAUUUCAAAAGUAUCAUAUUACACUAAAUUCACAUAUUGAAAUUCAUAAGAGUGUAUUAUAGAUAUAAUUUAAUAAGAUUUUAUAAAAGAAAAAAUAAGAAAAAGAACAAAAAUUAGAAGAUAUGAAGUUGAGAUCGUGUUACUCAUUGUUAGCCUCGUAAUACUCAAUAAAAUAGGUUGGAUGCUCACUAAACG